GUAUAUGACAAGAAAUUUCAAUUAUUGGUCCCAAAAAGGAGUGAAAGGACCAAGUCCUAGUCCCAUGUUCGGCAAUAUUUUAUCCUAUUUCAUAACACCCAGGCCACAUCUAAAUAUGCAAUGGCAGAAAUUAUAUGGCAAAAUAUAUGGCGUAUAUAACGGCAAUAAACCGGUGCUAAUGGUGGCCGAACCCGAACUCAUUAAACAAAUUUGUGUCAAAGACUUCCAUAUAUUUUCGGACAGAAACACAAACCGACGAAUCCAUCCAAUUCUGAGCAAACAUUUGGUCGUAGAAACCGGUGACGACUGGAAGAGAAUCCGAUCGAUAGUCACCCCAACGUUCAGCUCAUCAAAGAUGAAGAAAAUGUAUCCAAUGAUCAGACAGUGUUUGGAUGACUUCAUCGUUGAAUUAGACGUUUACGCCAAAGAUAAGGGCGACGUAAACGUGAAGAUAAUGUAUGGCAACUAUACUAUGGAUGUGAUCUCUCGUUGUGCAUUUGCUACCAAAACUAAUUCACAUAAAGAUCCAAACGAUCCGUUUAUAAUAAAUGCUCAGAAAGUGUUUGCACCGAAAGUGUCCCGAGCAUUAUGCUUUAUGUUGUUACCGACCUUUGUAUUAAAGGCAUUUAAUAUGAGAGGUAUAGCCGAAGAAUCAGCGAAUGAGUUCUUCUUUAACAUCACUCGUCAUGUAAUGAAAACGCGAAGCAAUAGUCAAAAGAAAUACAACGAUUUCAUUGAGUUAUUAAUGAACGCACAGAAGAGUAGUACUAAUAAUAACACCAAAGAUGUUAACCAUUACGACGAGAAUGAUAGCAGUGAAGCACAUCAUGUGAAUGAAGGUGAGGAAGAGAAACAGGUGGAGAAUAAGAUCUUAAGCAGUGUUGACAAGUAUAUCACUGAAGAGGAAAUCCUGGCCCAGUCGUGGGUCUUCUUUGUUGCGGGAUAUGAGACGACUGCCACUACUCUUACUUUCGCUUCCUAUGAAUUGGCUCUCAAUCAGGACUCACAGCAAAGACUAUACGAAGAGGAAGAGAAACAGGCGGAGAAUAAGAUCUUAAGCAGUGUUGACAAGUAUAUCACUGAAGAGGAGAUCCUGGCCCAGUCGUGGGUCUUCUUUGUUGCGGGAUAUGAGACGACUGCCACUACUCUUACCUUCGCUUCCUAUGAAUUGGCUCUCAAUCAGGACUCACAGCAAAGACUAUACGAAGAAGUGAUGACUGCAGUGGACUCUAAAGGAGAGAUAGAUUACGACAUAUUGGCGCGACUGCCGUAUUUGGAUGCAGUCAUCUCAGAGACAUUGAGACUUCAUUCGCCGGCAAUCAUUCUUAUACGACAGGCCUCUGAAGACUACAAAUUAGGCGAUACAGGAAUUACAUUAAAGAAAGGACAACAACUGGAAAUCCCAAUAUAUGCUGUCCAUCAUAACGAGGAAUUCUAUGAAAAGCCAAAUGAUUUCAUUCCCAACCGAUUCCUACCGGAAAACCGACAUAACAUCAAACCCUACUCUUAUAUCCCAUUCGGCGCCGGCCCUCGAAAUUGCAUCGGAAUGAGAUUUGCUUUAAUGGAGGCUAAGCUGGCAUUGGCUCAAGUGAUUAAGAGAUACCGAUUCUUCCGAAGUCCUAAUACUGACGUUCCCUUACUGUUGAACAAGAGUACAAUCCUUCACUCACCCAAAAGGAUAAAUUACCCGUUUGGUGCCGGCCCUCGAAACUGCAUUGGAAUGAGAUUUGGUUUAAUGGAAGCGAAGUUAGCAUUGGCUCAAGUGAUUAGGAGAUACCGAUUCUUCCAGACUCCCAAUACAGACGUUCCCUUACAGCUGAACGUUAGUCUGGCUAUACGUACACCUAAAAGAGUGAUCAUUGGCAUUGAAAAGAGGCUG